ACUUUUCGCUGUUUAGGGAAGGGUUGCUAAUUGUUAUUGAAAAUAAACAAACAACCGACGCGGAACUGUAAAUAGCACGUGGAUUUUUUUAGUUAAAGACUGCACUGACUUGUCUGCAUCAUUAUAAUUUUUCAUUUCUUUAGAAUGCAGACACAGUACUCUUGAGUGGAUAAGAUAGAUUAAACGAAUUUCUUGAUAAAAAUGGCCCUUAGAUUAAUGUGCUCUCGUUUUCUAAACACUCAAACCCGGCAAAGCAGCAUUUUAUUUAAAAAUGUUCUUUCUCGAGAGUGUUUUAUACCCAGCUCUUCGUAUGCUGUGUGGAAAGGAACUGAAACAUUGGCAGAAGAUGAUCCUGAAAUGUGGCAACUUGUUCGGGAAGAAAAGCAUAGACAAACAUCUGGGUUAGAGUUGAUUGCAUCUGAAAAUUUUGCUAGCAGAGCCUGUUUAGAGGCUUUAGGUUCUUGUUUGAAUAACAAGUACUCUGAAGGUUAUCCUGGACAAAGGUAUUAUGGAGGAACAGAAGUUAUUGAUAAAAUUGAGCUGUUGUGUCAAAAGAGAGCACUUGAAGCUUUUCACUUAGAUCCAGAAAAAUGGGGUGUUAAUGUGCAACCUUAUUCUGGCUCUCCUGCUAAUUUUGCAGCUUAUACAGCUUUAUUGAGUCCUCAUGAUCGUUUGAUGGGCUUAGAUUUACCUGAUGGUGGUCACUUAACCCAUGGCUUCAUGAAUGAUCACAAGCGCAUCUCUGCAACCUCAGUUUACUUUGAAUCUAUGGGAUAUAAACUAAAUCCUGAUACUGGUUUGAUUGACUAUGAAAAGUUGGGAGACAUGGCUAAACUUUUCAGACCAAAAUUAAUUAUUGCUGGCACCAGUGCUUACUCAAGACUUCUGGAUUAUAAACGCUUUCGAGAAGUAUGUGAUGAAGUUAAAGCAGUUCUUCUUGCUGACAUUGCUCAUAUUAGUGGUCUUGUAGCAGCUGGUGUUAUUCCAACACCAUUUGAUUAUGCUGAUAUUGUCACUACAACAACACAUAAAACACUUAGAGGUGGAAGAGCUGGUAUGAUUUUCUUCCGCAAAGGGGUGAAAAGUAUUGACAAAGCUGGAAAAGAAAUAAAGUAUGAUUUUCAACAAAAAGUUGACUUUGCAGUAUUUCCUAGCUUGCAAGGGGGGCCACAUAACCAUGCAAUAGCAUCUGUAGCAGUAGCACUGAAACAGGCGCAGUCACCUGAAUUUAAGGAAUAUCAAGAACAAGUUUUAAAAAAUGCUAAAGCCAUGGCUAAAGCUUUGAUGGACAAAAAAUAUACAUUAGUGUCUGGAGGAACUGAUAAUCACUUGUUACUUCUCGAUCUAAGGCCCAAAGGCCUUGAUGGUGCAAGGUUGGAAUGUGUUAUGAAUGCAACAAAUAUCACUGCCAAUAAAAAUACUUGUCCUGGAGAUAAAUCAGCUCUUGUUCCUGGAGGAAUUAGAUUAGGUGCCCCUGCAUUAACAUCACGCAACUUCAAAGAAAAAGAUUUUGAACAAGUUGUUGAGUUUAUACAUAGAGCUGUUCUAAUAGCAUUAGAAGCAAAACCAAAAGCAGGUAAAACUGUGAAAGAGUUCAAAGCAUUUUUAGAAACUGAUCAAGAAAUAAUGGAAAAAAUGAAACUACUUCGUACAGAUGUUGAAGCAUUUGCAUCCCAAUUUCCAAUGCCUGGUUUUCCCGAAUAUUGAAAAAUGUAUUUUUGGUGUCAGAAUGUCAGCUGUUUUGUUUUUUUAAUAUGCCACUAAAAAAUAAAUUAAAGGGAAAUAAGUUUUCUAUUCUAUUAAAGCUAAAAAUAUAGGUGCUUAAUUCAGCUGAAUUUGUUUCACUGCCAAUGAAAGAUUCAGGUUAUAUUUUCCCAAAAAAUUUUCUUGAUACUAAAAAUCAGCUGCCCAAUUAAAAACUAUUUACUAAUGGCUGAUGAUAGCAAAACUAUUUUGUAUGAUCAACUUAUCAAGUACAAUGAACAUAAUAAGCUAAUUAACAAAAAAAAAUACUUUUUUUUUCUUAAUUUUUACUCAGUUUCACUAUUAAGUAAUUUACUUUACUUUCUUUGUUUCCAUAGAAAUUUUAUAAUUUGUUUCUUUAUAAUUCAUUGAAUAUAAAAUUUCUUUAAUACAGGUAUAUUAAAUCCGCACGUUUAGAUCAGUAAAAAGUUAUUUUUUAAAUUGCUGUGCCAUUUUCAUGUUUUGAGUAAAAAAUAUUGUAAAAAAUUAUUAAGUCUCUUAAUGCUUGGGAAAAUUGACUGUUAUUUAUGCAGCUCUCCUGUGAUACUUCUAAGUUAAAUAAAUAUUUUUAUUACAA